AAAGUCACUAAAUCACGAAUUGCCAACUGAGAGAAACGUCAAACAUGAUUGUGAUAAUAGUGAGACGGGAGUGGAAGUUUGUGUAAAAAAGUGUUUUUUUUUUGGAUUAGACACUCCCCGAAAUCGUCCAAAUUUCAAUUAAACACAACAAUGGGUUUUCGUGAUGUCUUUACCGGUGUCGCAAUAUGAGGCUUUGCUGGCGGAAGUACGCGGUUUGAGACGUAAAGCUCAACGCGUACAACAGCUAGCGACACCUCUUUUAUCAAAUUUUUCUUCUUCUUCUUCUUCUUCCAGUAGUCAGAAUGACGGAGUGAAAUUGUGUACUUCCCACGAAAUGGAACCUUUAUUGAGCUCAUCAUCAACAAAUUGUGAUGAUGAUCCAUGGUUGGAACAACCCAUCACUAAAACCUCGAUUGAAGUUACCAGUGUGAUGAGUUUUGCGUCAAGUUCUGGCGGUGGUCUUUUUCUCGGCUCUCCCAGUUUAUCACGUCGUUCAUCGCAACAAUUAGAAGCCAAAGUCGAUAUGGUUUAUAGUCUUUUAGCGAUGUUAAGUGGUCAAGAACAUGCCGAUAUGGGUGAAACACUCUUAGCUUUAAGUACAAAUCCAGAAAGUUGUCUUGCAAUGCGCCAAUCUGGUUGUAUACCAUUAUUGGUACAAAUGGUACAAUCGGAUCGUGAAGCUGAAACUAGAAAAAAAGCAGCACAAGCCUUACAUAAUUUAGUGCAUUCGCAACAAGAUGAAAAAGUCAAAAAACGCGAAGUGAGAGUUUUUAAAUUAUUAGAACAUACAAGGGCCUACACUGAAGCAGUAAGGGGGCACCAUGAAAAUGAAUUUGAAUCAGAAGAAGAUGAUAAACAUCCGGUACAAACAGUGGCACAUUUAAUGAAAUUGUCAUUUGAUGAGUUGCAUAGACAAGCUAUAUGCACCCUGGGAGGGAUUCACACAAUUGCUAGUUUAGUCGAGGCCGAGCAUGCGAAUCAUGGAAGUACCACAACCGAGCAACACUGUAUUUUAAUGCGUCGAUACGCCUGUAUGGCGUUGACAAAUCUAACAUUUGGUGAUAGUGGCAACAAGGCGUUACUUUGUUCGUAUAGGGAGUUUAUGAGAGCAUUGGUGGUACAAUUACAAAGUCCUAGUGAUGAAUUACGACAGGUAACGGCGAGUGUUUUACGUAAUUUAUCGUGGCGUGCCGAUGCAACAAGUAAAGAAAUUUUACGUGAAGUUGGCAGUGUUAGUGGUUUAAUGAAAUCAGCAAUGUUGGAUAAUAAAGAAAACACUUUGAAAUCUAUUUUAUCGGCUUUAUGGAAUUUAUCGGCUCAUUGUACGGAAAAUAAGAGUGAAAUAUGUUCAGUAGAGGGCGCUUUGGGUUUCCUCGUUGACACACUAACUUAUAAAACACCCUCAAAAUCGCUUGCGAUUAUUGAAAAUUCCGGCGGUAUUUUACGAAAUAUUUCAAGUCAAAUAGCCGUUCGUGAUGACUAUCGUGAGAUUUUACGACGUCAUAAUUGUCUUCAAAUCCUUCUUGAUCAAUUAAAAUCACCAAGUUUGACAAUUGUUAGUAAUGCUUGUGGUACAUUAUGGAAUUUGUCGGCUAAAUGUUGCACCGAUCAAGAAUUAUUAUGGCAAAUGGGGGCACCAGCAAUGCUUCGUAGUCUCAAUCAUUCGAAACAUAAAAUGAUUGCGAUGGGAUCAAGUGCGGCUUUGAAAAAUUUAUUAAGUGCAAAACCAACACAAAUGUUACCAUCUGUAAUGGACUCAACAGCGUUGGCUAUGGAUUUACCAGUAUUGCCAACAUUAGGCGCACGCAAACAAAAAGCAUUAUUACAUGAUUUAGAUCAAACGUUACUAUCGGAAACUUUUGAUAAUUUAGAGAAAGAAUCACCAAAGAAAUGUGAAAAUUCCGGUUUUUGUAGUUUAGAUGAGGCAAGUACGAGUUAUGAAACGAGAAAGAAUUUAAGUUUGCCGUAUUUUGACGACUCAAAUAAUGAUUUAAACAAUGGAAAAUGUUUCAAGAGGAGAAUUGAAAAUAAAAAUUUGAAUGUUUGUUCAGAUUCGGGAUUACAAAGUUUUGAGAUUGAUUCAGGUUCGAGUUCAAUCGAUAAUGAUAAAUGUAAAAAAGAUGAUGAGAAGGAUCACUGUUCAAUUGAAGAUGUUUCCGAUUCGGAUAAUCAAGUUUGUGACGAUUCAAGUUUUUCUGGUCUUACGACUGUUCGACGAGAAGUAGAGACGAGUUUUUCACCGAAAUUUAAAUAUCCCACUGCAUCAUCAAAUGUAACAAUGUUUGAAGGUGACAUUGAUGAAAUCGACAUGGAUGAUAUUUCGAUACAUUUCGAAGAAAAACAAGAUACCGAAAAUGAAAAAAUUGAAACGCGUAAACUUAGUGGUAUUCCAUUACCGAAAAGUACUAUAAAACAAGAGACAAACUUGUUACUUGAUACACCAAAGAAAAUCAAUCAAUCAUCGGCUUUACCACGACCCCAGACGAGUACACCGAUUGUGGGAUCAAAUCAAACCAUAAAAGUUGCAAAUAUUGACGAAAUGGAAAAAUCAAGUCCUGAAGAGUUUCCAUUUUUGGAUCGUGAUCGUUUUUUGGAACGCAGUUGUGAGGAAAAUAAUCCAAUGGAUAAUCGAAUGUUGGAUCCGGAUGCAAUGAUUCAAUCACUUGAUCGAUUCACAGCUGAAUUGGUAUCACAAGCAUCACAUCUUCAAAAUGACGAGAAAUAUAAAGACAAUACGUGGAAUGAAGAUACAUCACCGAAUGAAGUAACAUUUCCGAGUAUUUCUGGUAGUGCACCGAAUGUCAUUACUUUCGAAUCGGAGGAAAAUCACAAUGAUUUUUCAUCGGUUAGCACAAUGACUGAAUCAACUUUGAUCGCAAUUGAAGCUAGUAAAAUGGCAACGGUUUUUAAAAAUGAAGCUGAAAUGUCAUCAAGUGUGACAUGGCUUGAAUUAGAUAAAGUUCAACCUCCCAGUUUACUCGAAUCGUUUAAUUCCGAUGUGAGUAAAAGCCCGAAAUUGACAACACGUAAAAAAUCCUUUAGUUUAGUACGUCGAGUUUUGAGUAAUUCACAAAAUUCGGAUAGUUUAGAACAGGUGAAUGAUUUUGAUACGAGUUUCCCCGAGUUUGUUAUCAAUGGUUCGAUUAAUCGUAAUGUAAUGACGUCGAAAUUGACCGAUUUGGAUAAUAUUAAUCCACCGUCGUUGUUUAAUGAAAUUACAGAUCUCUGUAAUUCGCUAAGUGAUGUACCGACUGAAGCUAUAGGAAGUGAAACUGAGAUUUUUGAAGAUUGUCAAACACAUAUUGAUGAUGUUACCGAAUUUUCGGAUGCUAAUAGUGCAACUCCUAUACAAUCGGAUCCAAGUAGUCCGGAAAUUUCACCAAAAAAAAAUAAAACAAUCAAAAAACCGAUGACUUUAAAAGAGAAACGAAAUUUGGCAAAAGAUCGUUACAAGACUUAUACAGUGGCAGCAGCGGAAAUGUUUUCACAAGAGGAAGUGACAACAAGUGAUUAUCAAUCAAUUGAUACUCAAAAAAAUGAACCUAAAACGAAGUCUAGCAUUCGUAAGAAUUUCCUUCAGAAACGAUUAGAGAAUAAAGAUCGCUUCAAAACGCAAACUUUGAGUCCAAAACCAGAUUUAGACCUCGAAAAAGAGGCAAAUUUAGUUUUGAAAAACUUGCAAGAGACGAAAACCAGUGAAGAAUUAUUAGAUUGUGAAACAUUGAGUUUGGUUUCCAACGACGAUGACUCUGAACAAAAUUCAGUAAAUUAUCGAACGUAUCACAAAAGUUGGGGUUUAAAGAAAAAUAUUCCGGUUAUUGAACCGGUCACAAAACCAAAAAUUGUCAAACCUUCUGAGGAAGAAGACCAAGUCAAAGCAAUCCGAGGUCGUCGAAAACCUCUCUAUUCGAAACCGACCCCCAAAUCACUCAAACCAUCGAAUUUGGUGCGAAAUAUCACAACUUCGAUCAAAUCGGUGGCUGUGAAACCACCCCCAAGUGGGGGGGCUUCCAAAUCUAAACCGAAAUUGGAACGUCAAAACGUUUACAAAACAAGAAGCGGCGAGUUCAACAGUUACGAAAACUUCACGAAUUCCGUCGAAAAUUCCAGCGAGGAGUUAUGGAAGAUCAACGAGUGCGGAGAGUACAAGACGAGUGCAAAGUGCAGGGAAUGGAGUAAAGAGAGCUUCAAUACCGGCACCGAGAAGUGCGAUAUUUGGAAGAAAAUUGAAGAGAGUAAGAAACAACCAGUGAAUAAGAAGGAUACAAGAGUUUGGAUCGAGGCGAAAGGCGAGUCGGGGGGAAGUGGAGGUGUUGUAAUGAGGGGGAAGAAACGGGAAGGGGAUGAAGGGAAAAGAGUGUCAAGGUUGGGGUCGUUCAUUUGUGGUGAAAAUGACGACGCCAAGUCGCGAAUCUCUUUCGGUAAAAAAUUUACAUUUUCUCACUACUCGUUUCAGGGGCCUAUUUUUCAGCAAAAAAGCGUAAAUAAUGAAGCCGUUCAAGUGGUAGUCCGUUGUCGGCCUAUGAAUGGGCAAGAGAAACAAGCCGAUUGUAGUCGUGUCGUUACCGUUUAUUCAAAUCGUGGGGUUAUCGAAGUUGAGAACCCGAAAGCGAGGAGUGAAAAUGAACGCAAGAAAAUCUUCACAUAUGAUGCUGUGUACGACUGGAAUGCUUCGCAACAGUGUCUUUACGACGAGACAGUGCGCCCCCUUGUCUCGUCAGUCCUUGAGGGUUACAAUGGUUGCGUGUUUGCGUAUGGUCAAACCGGGACUGGGAAAACCUACACCAUGGAGGGGGUUGAUUGUGAGGAGGAAUGGGGGGUUAUUCCACGAGCCUUUCAGCAAAUUUGGACUCAUAUAAAUCGGACCACUGGAGUGGAAUUUCUAGUCACAGUUCGAUAUUUGGAAAUAUACAUGGAAGACAUCAGAGAUUUGUUAAAAAUCAAAAACUCAAAGUCACUAGAACUUCGGGAAAUCACCGGUAAAGGUGUGUGUGUCACUCAUCUCCACUCACAGACAUGUCAAAGUGCCGAUGAUAUGUUACGAGCAAUGCGAGUGGGUAAUAAAAAUCGUACAAGUGGUGCAACAAAUAUGAAUGAACAUAGUUCACGUUCACAUGCAAUAUUUCAAAUUGUUAUUGAAAUGGCUGAAUUACAUUCGAAAAAAGUAAAAGUUGGUAAAUUGAAUUUAGUUGAUUUGGCUGGUAGUGAAAGACAGUCAAAAACUGGUGCAACUGGUGAACGAUUUAAAGAAGCAACAAAAAUCAACAAAGCUUUGUCCAGUUUAGGCAAUGUUAUUUAUGCACUAGCUGAAAAUUCCCAACAUAUACCGUAUCGUGAUUCGAAAUUGACACGACUUUUACAGGAUUCUUUAGGUGGUAAUAGUAAGACAAUAAUGAUUGCGAAUAUUGGACCAGCGAAUUGUAAUUAUGAAGAAACUAUAAUAACAUUACGAUAUGCGUAUCGUGCAAAAUCGAUUAAGAAUCAACCGAUUAAGAAUGAAGAUAUUAAAGAUGCGAAAUUAUUAGCACUUCAGGAAGAAAUCGAACGAUUGAAACAUUUAAUUGAAAUGAAAUCAAACGGUGGUGAAUUAGACGAUUCUGAAGUGGUUUUAGACGAAAGUGAAACAUCCGAUGAUGAAGAUAGCAAAAAAGAUGAAAGUAAAAAGAGAUUGGAAUUGGGAAAAAUGGAAGUGGAUGAAUUGGCGAAAAAAUUGGAAACUUUAGAAAGUCAAAUGGUACAUGGAGGAAAAAAUAUCGUCGAUAGUGUAAAUGAAAACGAAGUUAGAUUAGAACAACAAAAACUUGAGAUUGCAGCACGAAAAAAACGCGAAAUUGAAAUGCAACAAAAAAUCGAAUUGGAGGAAGAAAGUUGCAUCGAAUUGAAACAAGUGUUUGCAAGUCUUCAACAACAAGUCGAUUUUAAAAAGGAUAAAUUAAAACGACUUUAUGCUAAACUCCAAUCAAUCCGACAAGAAAUCAAAGAUAAUCAUAAGAUUUAUAUGAAUGAUCGACGCGAAAUUGAGGAAGCCAAUGAUGAAGCUUCGAUGCAAUUAAGACAACGUUUUCUUAUUAUUGAUAAUUUUGUACCACCUGAAGAACGUUCACGUUUAAUUAAUUUAGCACAGUUUGAUGAAGAUAAAGAUAAUUGGAUGUUGAAAAAAGAGAAGAUUGAUGCGAUUACAAUGGAACGGCCUUUGGGGCAUUGCUAUCGAAGGCCUAUCUCGGAAUAUGCCAUUACGACUGGACAAGUUGUACCAAAAUAUCGAGGUGAAAAUGUGUUAGAUUUGAAAUUAGAUAUGCCAUUACGAAUCACACAAGAUUACAACAGUCCAAUAAUUUGUCCCCAAAUUAAAGCAACUGUCACCAAUAUGAUUUUACACGAUGUUGAAAAUAAUACAAUUGUUGUUAAAGCUUUGCCUCAUACAGUUAGUGCAAGAAACACUUCGAAAUUGGAACAUGAAGGCAAAUAUAAACAAGCGACAAAAUUCGUUAUAGAUAUGCAGAAUUACAGACUAAAAAAACAAGUGAACCGGUCCAUUGAUUGAAUCUAGUCAGCUUGUAGAAUUUUAUUUUCGUAUCUAGUCUUGUCCAUGUAGCUUUGUGAUUUUGUGAUAUUUUAGCUUUAUUCACAGUAUAAAAAAAACAUAACAAAUAAAUACUUAAUACUA